UACAUACAAAGACAAGUACCCACUUGUAGUAGCAUGCCCACUCCAGUGUACAUCAAGGCUGUCUUGCCCAAGGCUAGUGAGCAGCUUAGUUAACUGACUAAGGCUCAAGCCAUGCUUUUUACUUACUGAAAGGGACAAGCAGCGCAAGCUCACUACUGAAGAGUCUCAUGCAUCUCCCUCCUCCUCUGGUCAUCAGAGAACAUACUCUUGAGCUACAGCACUCCGUGUUACGUAGUUUGUUAACUAAGGAAUAGCUGGAUGAAAGCAUAUUUCAACCCUAUUACUUCACCUAGAAAGGAUAACUUAUAUGAAGAUGCUGGUGUACAUGUUUCUGCUACCUCUUUUUACUGCAGCAAUGAACUUAGAUCUACAGAAUUAUCAUCACCAUGCUGUUCUGGAUCCUCAGGGAAAAUAUAAAAUUUACUGGAUGCACAAGGAAAACAUAAUCACAUUUCUUGUACAGGUGGAGACCCUGGGCUAUGUCGGAUUGGGUUUUUCUCCCAAUGGAGCCAUGGCAUCUUCAGAUAUAGUUAUUGGAGGUGUUGCAAAAAGCAAACCUUAUUUGCAGGAUUAUUUUACAGAUGACAACAGAGUCCUUCACAUGGACCCUCAACAAAGCUAUAAACUUGAAUAUGCAAUGGAAAAUGGAACACAUACAACACUUAAAUUCAGCAGACCUCUGCAAACAUGUGAUCCACAUGAUAAAAAUAUAACGGAAAGCACAGUAAGAGUAAUUUGGGCAUACCAUGCUAAUGAUAUUGAAGCCACUGGUCCAAAUUACCAUGGAUUAAAUCGCGGUCAGAAGAGUUUACGAUUGUUAAAUCCAGAAAGAAAAAAUUAUAUAUCUGAUGAGACUCCAUCUUUCAAUUUCACAAAUCAGUACGUUCCUAUUCCAGAUAAAGACACAACAUAUUGGUGCCAGAUGUUUAAGAUGCCAACACUGGACAAGAAGCAUCACAUUAUUAAGGUUGAACCACUAAUACAGGAAGGUCAUGAGAGUUUUGUACACCAUAUUUUACUGUAUGAAUGUGACAGAGAAGCUGGUGACACAGUACUUGAAUAUGGACAUGAAUGCUAUCACUCCAAUAUGCCUGACAUCUUUCAUACAUGUGAAACUGUCCUUUAUGCUUGGGCAAUAGGUGGGGAGGGAUUUACAUACCCACCCCAUGUUGGCCUAUCCAUUGGAACACCAACAGACCCAACAUAUGUUCUUAUGGAAGUCCAUUAUGACAACCCAUUUCAACAGGAAGGUUUAAUAGACAGUUCUGGAAUUAAACUGCAUUACACCCCCCACACAAGAAAAUAUGAUGCUGGUGUUUUAGAGGCAGGCAUUUGGGUCAGCCUAUAUCACAUGAUCCCACCAGGUAUGCCUGCAUUCAGCUCCGAAGGACACUGCACUAUGGAAUGUUUGGAAGAGGCUCUGAGUCAUGAACAACCAGAUGGAAUCCAUGUACUAGCUGUUCUUCUUCAUGCUCAUCAAGCUGGCCAAGUUCUCCGUGCACGUCAUUUCAGAAAAGGAGAAGAGCAGAAGUUACUUGCAUAUGACAAUGAAUUUGACUUCAAUUUUCAGGAGUUCCAAUAUCUAGAAGAAGAACGAACCAUUCUGCCUGGUGAUCAUUUAAUUACUGAAUGUCAGUACAACACAAAAGGCAGAUCUACUAUGACAUGGGGUGGCCUGAGUACAAGAGAUGAAAUGUGUCUUUCCUAUUUAAUGUAUUAUCCAAGAAUUAAUCUUGCCCGUUGUGAAAGUAUCCCAGACAUAAAGGAGCAGCUUCAGUUCAUUGGAGUGAAGGAAAUAUAUAAACCCGUCACAUCAUGGCCCUUUAUAAUCAAGAGUCCAAAACGCUACAACAAUCUAACUUUUACAGAGGCCAUGAAUGUCUAUCAAUGGUCUAAGAAGAAAGGAAAUUCCUUUAACGAACAUGUUAAACAAAUACCAAUCAACGUCAGAUGUUCUAAACAUGAAAGCAGAGAAUGGAGUGUUCAGGGAAUGCUACUGACACCCCCUGAAGUAAAGACGUAUACUUCAGAAGCACCAGAAUGUGCCUCGUUUUCUUUAGUAUCAUCCUCUGCAGUCUCUUCAACAGUUAGAUAUGUGCUAAUUGUAUUGAGCACAGUAAUACACUAUACAUUUUAAGCGGCAGACAUUGUGCAUUUACAUCCUUUUAUAUAUUGAAAUCCACAUAUAACUGCACUAUUGGAAAUAAGUUUUGAAAAAUAAAACAUUUUUUUUUU